GUAAAAGGCAUCAUUCUAGUCCAGAAAAAGAAAUGACUCAAAGAAUAUAUUAUAAAAUUAUAGCUGGGGGCCGAAUCCAACAAUGCCUUUCACAGCCCGAAAAAGAAAAAAAGAGAUUCUCCUUAUCAAUGUACUAUUAAAACUAGUAGUUGCUGAACCAUAUAGGAAUUAUUUCAUUCACAUACCAAAACAUUUAUCUUCCCAAUCUAAUUCAAUAAUGUUUAAACUACCAAAGAAAUUUCCCUGUUUGGAGAGAAAGGGUGGCAGCACUUCAAAACCGAUCACGCAAGGAGAACAGGGAAAAACCCAAAACGAGAAGCCGCCGCAUGACGGAAAAGCAGAAAGCACGCAAAAAUACGAUGUGGAAAUUCUCUGGACGUCGACGAAAUCAACACACAACCUCAAGGCUUACGGGUUGGAGAACGAAAAAAUGGCCUUGGAAAAGAUUUUCGAGCGACAUGAAAACGAGAACGGCGAUCGAUUAAAGGUCGUCGGUAUCGUCGGGGCACGUGGCGUCGGCAAAACAAAACUUUGCCAAGAGUAUUUCAAUCUUUUGGGAAAGCCAGAGAAGAACGGCGAAAAGUUAUUCGUUCCGAGGAUUUGGGUCUCCACGUCGAUUAUCAAAAACGACAAAGACCGUAAGAAAAGGACUGUGAAGGAGGAGGAAAUGAAUUUGUCAGUAACAGUGAAGGAAAUGUUGGAGAGUCUUGGAGUUGAUACAGACGACAUCGUACCAAAUGAUUCUAGCAGAUAUGAUCAUCUUGAAGUGCUUCUCUAUCUUCUUCGCCUCCAACUAAUAGGAAAGAGGUAUCUAAUUGUUCUUGACGAUCUAACCCUAUUUCCUGUUGACGACGCUUGUAAACUUGCAUCAAAUUUGCCGAAAGGUUACAAAGGAACGAUUAUGGUGACGAGUAGGGAAGAGGAGGUAGUGAAGAGGAUGGCUAGGGACAAGCGAAACGUGCACCGUUUGCUGCCCUUAUCGGAUCCCCAAAGCUUGUGGUUGAUAUUUAAAGACGCCGUUGAACAGGGCGUUAAAGAUGAGGGAAUACUAGAUCACGAUUUCGAUUGGGAAAAAGCAACUGAAGAAGAGCUUAGAAGGAAAUGUUAUGAUGAGAUAGUAUUAGGUGGGAAAAAAAUUUAUGUGGAGAAAUUGAUAGAAAAGACGCUUAUAAGCAAGUGUAAUGGGAAUCCUUUGGCUGCAAAAUUGAUGGCGAAAACUAUGAGUAAGAAUAUUAAGAAAUUCAUAGAUGAGAACGAGAAGAAUAAGCAGCUGCUGAAGAAAGUUUCUCAGAAGGACAAUAACAGCAAGGAUGAUGAUAAUCCGAAAAAAGAAGAACAUCACGAAACCAUUAAUAACAGCAGCAAAGACGAUGAUACUCAUGAUGAAAGUAUGAAACGACCCUGAACUAACGAGCAUGCUCGUAGUUCCCUUGUUAAAUUGUGUGUAUAUAUUUUAUUUUUAUGAAAUAUGAUAUUGUUGUAACUGUAUAUAUAUACUAAAUGGGCAUGUAUAUAUCAUAUUAUUUGCUGUCUAUAGAAAUUGUAUUUGAUGAAUAUUUGCGGCCC